AUGACGACUCGAGAAAAUAAAAAUAAAUCAUCUCAAAUAGGAACAGAAUUUAAACCAAUACCAAUAUUACCAAAUUAUAGUAUCCCUCAGACAAUUACAUCAAAAUAUCGAAUUCAAGAACAACAAUUUAAUUCAACUUCUUUGAAUAAUUUUAAUAUCAUUAAUCAAAAUCUUCCUUAUAUUAAUAAUCAACCAAGAUUUUUUUUAGAAUCAAAUAAUACUUAUGAUUAUUAUCGAUAUCAAACAAAGAAUCUUCUAGAUACUAAUACUAAUGAUGAUCAAAGUCAACAAUCAUUAAUACAAGAGAAUAUUCAAUUAAAAGCUAAACUUGCUCAAGAAUUUCAUAAUUCACAACAAUUACAAGUUGAUAUAAAUGAAAUUGAAUAUUUACAUAACAGAUUAAAAUUAUUAAUUAACCAACUAAAAGGACGAAUUGCAAGUUUAGAAGAACAAAAUUUUUGUUUGAAAACUGAAAAUGAAUUAUUGAAUGCGAAUUUAAAGAUGAGCGAAGAGUCAAGAAUUCAAUUAAUGAAACAGCUUCAGAAUCCAAACAAACAAAUGUACAAUCAUUGA